CUGAAUACAACCAGCUACUAUUACGAAAUUACCGUCGACGGCACAACCGUCUUCGACGUCGCUCGCGAAACCAACCGCGGCGUCUGUGACAUCGGCCGCCAAAACCUCAUGGCGGACGUAACCAUCGUUCCCAAUGUGGGCGAGUCAUUCAUCAUCCCUGCCGAGGUCUGCGAGCCCGACAACACCUCCUGUCUCCUCCCAGGCACCAACGCCACACGCACCUGCAUCUACGGUGGUCCUCGUCUCUACUACACCGUCCGGGGCGACACCUACGAGGUGAUUGCCCGUCGAUUGAACAUCACCGUCGAAUCGCUAAUGCACGUGGACGGACCUUCCAACGAAACACUCGUCAACCCCAUCUCCCCCACCGCAGAGCUCAACGUCGGUCAAUUCAUCAAAGUACCCCAGUGCGAUCCCAGCCAGUGCAUCAUCCAACCAUACCGCUUCACCUGGGGCGUGUACAAGGACCUCGCGGAUAAAUACGACACCACCGUCGGGCAGAUCAUGAUGCUGAGCCCGACAUACAAUUACAGCAGUCUGGCGUUCUCCGCGGAGGGCGAAUUCCCUCCG